AAUUAGUCCUUUCCGUAUGUCGUCCAGUUGACCCAUUUCUCCGUUUUUCAUUCAGAAUUCUAUAUGGUAGAAGUGGAAGCAAAACCGUCGAGUUUGUCAGUUGAAGAGGAUGAAAAUGAAAAUGAAGAGGAAAAGCUUGAAGAUGUGGAAAAAGAGAAAUUAGUGAAACAGUUAAAGUUUGAAAAAGCAGAACGAAGACGGAUUGCAGAGGAAAUGGAAAAAGAGAUUCGAGAAGUUGAGGCAAAAUGGAUGGAAAAAGUUAGAAAAGCAUCUGAAGAGCGAGAUGAUAUUGGAAAGAAAAUUGAUGAGUUUGAAGAGAAAAUUGAUAGUCUACAAAUACAAGUACAUAGAAGUGAAACAUAUAAAAUGGAAAUUGAAGAAGCGAACAAACGGCUACGGUUACAAUAUGAAGCUCUCCAGAGAGAUUAUGAGGAAACAAUGCAGGAAAGAAGUAUUGUAUUAGAAGAAAACUCUCGUCAAAAUGAAGAGAGGGAUCGACUGCAAAAAGAAAUUGAAAAAAUGAAAGAGGAUUCUGAAGAAGUUGCUGCAUUAAAACAGAAACUUGAAAAUACAAGAAGACUCUUGAAAGUCAAUAUGGAAGAAACUGCUCAGGCAAAUGCUCGAAAAGAAGCUGCAAUUGCAAGGCUUACAGAAGCAGAACAAAAUGGAGCUAGAAUUACAGAAGAAAGAGAUGAAGCUUUGAGAAAAUGUCAACAGACAACUGGAGAUGCAAUUGUGGAUAUUUGGAAUACUCAUUCUGUUCAAAUUAAUUUGCCCUUCAACAAACCAAACUUGGGAAUUAUGCUUGGUGGAGGCCGUACGGACGAUGGUUCAAUUGUUCAUGGUCCAAUAUAUGUUAGACAAAUUGCUCACGGUUCUCCAUUUGAUAAUGUAUUGAAAAAGCUGGAUCAUAUAAUGAUGGUCAAUGACAUAUCUGUAACAGAUAUGGACGAAAGAAGUGUAAUGGGAAUGUUAUCCAACUGUCAUCACAUUCAUCUUGUUAUUAGAAGAAGAUCAAAUUGCAAUAAAAUUAGUGAUGUUUGUCUGCCAUUGAACUAUGGUGUAGGUCUUGAACUAUCCAAUGGAGUAUUCAUUAAUUCCUGCGAACCAAACGGUGCUGCUUCUCGUAGUGGAUUGGCUCCAGGGCAACGAGUUGUUCAUGUUAUGCACACUCCUGUUUAUGAUGCUAAACAUGCUGAGAUGCUAAUUAAAAAUUCUCGAGAGCCUCUAGUCAUUGGAAUUCUUCAAUCUACUAAACGAGGUGAUCAUAAUGGAAAGGAUAAACAUCGACAAACUAUAUUUUCGAGGUGGUUCAGUCGAAAUGGUGGAUCUGAUAAAGAGCGAACUGUUGUUGCAAAAGCGAAUAUUGAUCGUUCAAAUGAUCAAGUUCUUCUUCGUCAGGGAUCUCUGCGAAUGCCACAAGCUUCUCCAGCAUCAAUGAGUCCCUUGGUACGGUAUGGUUCUCUACGUGCUCCAACCUAUUCAAGUAGCAUUGAUCAUACAAAAUUAAUGCUGGAUGCACUGGAUAAAAGAUUCAAUGCAAAAUCCACAGCGCAUUCUGAAAUAAGUUCAUCUUCAACAGCCGCUCCAACAGCUUUAUGGAGCCCAUCUUCAGUUAAUGAAAAAGAUCUCGUAUUUGCUGGAACCAAUAUCGAAGGAGUUCCAGUAUAUGUUCCUAAGAGUACCAUAUUUAGCACACCAACGUCACCUGUGACAAGACUAAUCCGUCAAAAUAGUGAGCAAAAACGAACAAUGUCUCAAAUAUCAUCUCAUCGAGGAGGAUGGGAUGGAAGAAGCUUUUCAUCGAACACGACAACUUCAGAUGCUCGUCCAUAUUCUAUGCACUUCACACCUACAUCAUCAACUAUAAUGGAAGGAAAACCCCACAGAAGAUCAGCUGUUUACAGUCCAAGUCAUCCACCAGUAUAUCCUACAAUUCGGGAUGACUCUAUGUCUUCUGUUAUGUCUUCGAGUAACUCCAUUCGACUUCCAAGCACAAGUUUUUCCAAUCAGUAUCCUAAUAAUUCUACCUGCAGCUUGACUGGAGGGAGUGGAGUACCUCCACGUCAUUGCAUAAGUAAAGAUGGAAGUGAUUUUUCAAUUUCAACAACUGGAAGUGCAAUGCACAGUUACGCUGAGGGAAGAUCCAAUAAGAAAUAUCACUUGCCACGUGGAAAUCAUCACUCUGAAUCUCUUCUUGUAAACCGUUCAUCUCAACCGAGACUGGUCGAGGUUCCAAGAAGUGAUGUAAAACUUUGUGGUGGAAAUGCGAUUGGUAUCCUCGCUGAAAAAUCAAUUGGUUCUGACCUUCUCGAAGGAGAUCUCAUUUUAUCAAUCGAUGGAAAUUGCGUUCGAAAUACAACACUCGAGUGUGCAAUGAAUACUUUAUCAGCUGAUAAUUCGGAGUUAACAGGUCUUCUAGUUCAAGACGGUGGAGAUCGAUUGAAUCGUUUGAGACUUGGAGCUGACGGUGACAGUUUCUUCCUUCGUGUUAAUAUCGAUAGAUCAAUGGAGAACAAAGAUGAACUGGAUUUAAAAUGUGGUGAUGUUGUUUUCGUUGACAAGACUAUGUUAAUGGGCAAAACUGGAAGAUGGAGAGCAUGGAAAGUGGACAAAGAGGGACGACAAAGAGAACAUGGAGCUAUUCCAAGUUCAACGACUGUUUAUCAGGCAAUUCGAGCUAACAGAUAUGCAAAUCCGUUCCCGAAGAAGGCUUAUGAGUGGGUUGAGAAGUUGGAUACAAAAGUGAAACGACCGGUUCUUUUGUUUGGAGCAGUUGUUGAGCCUUUCCUUCAAAUGCUUGUUGAUGAAUCUGAUAAGUUUUCAAUUGUUGCAAGAGAGUCUUUAACUGCAAGUUUGGAUGAAGUAUCGGCUUUAUUGAAGGAUAAAGUAUUGAUUGAUUCGAAACAAAACGAUGAUGUUUAUGAUCUUUAUCACGUCGUAUCAACUGCUCAUAUUAUGGAUAUCACGGCUCAAGGACUCCAUUGUGUCCUCCAAGUUGAUCAGUCUGCAAUUGAUCGAUUGAAAAGAUGUAGAAUGUUCCCUAUUCUUGUGAAGAUUCGAUUCAAGUCAGUUAAACAGUUAAAAGAUGUCAAUGAACAUAUUUGUGGAGAGAAAAUCAGUUCAAAAGAAGCCAAACAGCUUAUUGAAAAGGAUUUGAAAAUAGAAAAAGAUCUUGAUGGAUCAGUUACACUUGUAGUGCCAAGUCAUAAUAAUGUCAGCUUCAUGAUGACUCACGCUGUUCUACAGCUGAAAAAAAUAAUUGAAGACGAGCAGAAAAAAAUCGUAUGGGUUCAAAGAAAAGUCGAUGAAGAAUAAAUAAUAUUGAGAAAGAGAACAUAGAAUCUCCGGUGCUUUUAUUGUUUGAAAAUGAAGUAAUUUGAAGAAAUAUAAAUUUGUUCAUAUGAAAAU